AUGAUGAUGUUAAUUCUACCAUUUUCUCUUCCUUGUUGCCUCCUUGGUCAACAAAAUAUCAAAUGCACUCUAUUGGUUUUGGCGUCUCACUCUGGCUUUGAUACUUUCCAAAUCUCUUCUAAUUCUGGCGUUGCUACACUUUCUCAUGCACGUGAUCAAUUUUUUGUGUAUAACACCAUAGCUUCUCUCACUCACAUCACAACCUAUGGA